AUGAGCGCUGGCCUCGUUAUCUGGUUGGUAAUCGGACUCGCCUUGUGGUAUGUUCGUAUCGGAGGCCGCGUAUCCACGGGUUGGAAUGUCCUCGCUGCCCUCUUCGGGCUGGACACUGCGCUGGGGGCCGUCGUUCCAAUGUUCAGCUGGCUCGUCGAGUGUGGUUUCAGUCUCGAUGGUGAGCAGGGCAGUCAAUCCGAAAUUCUGACAGCAGAACUCGCUUUCGUCAUCUACGCGGCUAUCACCGUCGUUGUGGGCUUUUGA